AUGAACAGACAAUCCUACAAGAAAUCCUUCAGUGGUGGCAGCAAGGGCUUCUCCGGCCAUUCGGCUGUGGUCUCUGGGGGCAGCAGCAGGAUGAGCUGCGUGGCCCGCUCCAGGGCAGCUGGUGGAGGGGCCUGUGGGGCCCGUGGUGGUGCAGGUGGCUUUGGCAGUCAAAGCCUCUACAACCUGGGUGGCACUAAGAGCAUCUCCAUCAGUGUGGCUGGUGGCUCUCGGACUGGUGGCUUUGGGGGAGGCCGGAGCAGCUGUGUCAGUGGUUUUGGUGGGGGCUAUGGAGGGGGCUUUGGAGGGGGCUUUGGUGGUGGCAGAGGAAUGGGAGGGGGCUUUGGAGGAUAUGGUGGCUUUGGUGGUUCUGGUGGCUUUGGUGGUCCUGGUGGCUUUGGCGGUCCCGGUGGCUUUGGUGGUCCCGGUGGCUUUGGUCCUGGUGGCUUCCCUGGGGGGAUCCAGGAAGUGACUGUCAACCAGAGCCUGCUGCAGCCUCUGAAUGUGGAGAUUGACCCACAGAUUGGGCAAGUGAAGACCCAGGAGCGUGAACAAAUCAAGACCCUCAACAACAAGUUUGCCUCCUUCAUAGACAAGGUGCGCUUCCUGGAGCAGCAGAACAAGGUCCUGGAGACCAAAUGGGAGCUGCUGCAGCAGCAGGGCUCUGGCUCCAUCACUGGCACAAACAACCUGGAACCCCUCUUCGAGCAGUACAUCAACUCCCAAAGGAGCUAUCUGGACAGCAUUCUGAAUGAAAGAGGCCGCUUGGAAUCUGAGCUGAGGAACAUGCAGGACCUGGUGGAGGACUUCAAAAAGAAAUAUGAGGAUGAAAUCAAUAGACGCACCACUGCUGAGAAUGAAUUUGUGACCUUAAAGAAGGAUGUUGAUGCUGCCUAUAUGAACAAAGUGGAGUUGCAGGGUAGGGUGGAUGCACUCACAGACGAAAUCAACUUUCUGAGGACACUCUAUGACUUGGAGCUGUCUCAGAUGCAGAGCCAUGUCAGUGACACAUCUGUGGUCCUGUCCAUGGAUAACAACCGCUGCCUGGACCUGGACAGCAUCAUCGCUGAGGUGCGAGCCCAGUAUGAAGAGAUCGCCCAGAGGAGCAAGGCUGAGGCUGAGGCCCUGUAUCAAACCAAGCUAGGAGAGCUGCAGUCUACUGCGGGCAGACAUGGGGAUGACUUGAAGAGCACCAAGAGUGAGAUCAUGGAACUCAACAGGAUGAUCCAGAGGCUGCGGGCUGAGAUCGAGAACGUCAAGAAGCAGAACACCAACCUGCAGGCUGCCAUCUCAGAAGCAGAGCAGCGUGGGGAGCUGGCCCUCAAGGAUGCCAAUGCGAAACUUCAGGAACUGCAAGCAGCACUACAGCAGGCCAAAGAUGACUUGGCCCGGCUGCUGCGUGAUUACCAGGAACUGAUGAAUGUGAAGCUGGCCCUGGAUGUGGAAAUCGCCACCUACAGGAAGUUGCUGGAAGGCGAAGAGUGCAGGAUGUCUGGAGAGUGCCAGAGCUCCGUCAGCAUCUCAGUGGUCAGCAGCGGCAGCACCACCUCCGGUGGUUACGGCGGUGGCUUCGGCGUCGGAGGCGGGAUAGGAGGCGGCUUCGGAUUGGGGGGAGGCAGUGGCUUCGGAGGUGGCAGCGGCUUCGGAGGUGGCAGCUGCGGCGGUGGCUUCAGCAGCGCUGGAGGGCGCUCUGCAGUCACUGGAGGAGGCUUCAGCUCUGGCAGUCACAGGGGCAGCAGCAUUAAGUUCUCCCAAUCCUCUAAGCGAGGUGGCAGAUAA